GUCAGCGGAAGUCAGUAACGAUCAUGUUACUGUGUGUUUGCGGGUUACACGGGUGUAUUUAUUUAGUAGUACGUUUUGACAUUAAUGUAUUUUUAAAUAAUCUAACUGCCUUAUUUCUUGCUUUUCCUCUGCUUUCUUCUUCUGUGGUAUAUUGAGAGUGUGGUGGAAUUAGCCAGCGCGAGCUUGUCCACUGAAAUGUAGAUAUACGCGUGACGUCAUGACGAUGUUCUUAUUUUGACUAAAACUUGUAUUAUUGUAAAGUAAUAUAUUAAUAACAAUAUGUUAACACCAGUGUAAUACAUUUAAGAACCUUCAGUCAGUUGUCUUAACAAUUAGUUGGACUCAUUUAGUAUUUUGUAUCAGGUUUUUCUAAUUACAGCCUGUCCAGUGUCUUUUGGAACUGUGAGUUCAUGUCUGUUUGGAAACUCUUAUCAUUGUGUAACUAAUCAGUCAAUCCAGGUAUUGAACCAUGAUUUAGUGUUUAGGGCAGGCAUUUCCAGGGAUCCCUCUGAUUUAGGGUUAUCAGAGGCCAAAGUCUCCUCUAAUACUUUGAAGUGCUUUGUGUUUAGUCAGCAAACCUGUGACUGGAGUUGAGUAGGUAUUUUAGGACAGGUGUGUCCCAGCAGUAGUACUUUCUGCUUAAAAAUAGCAUCUGGUUUUGCUCCUCAACACAUCUACGCAUGUCUCAGAACAACAAGUUCUCAGUGACGUUUUGGGCUUGGCAAGGUUCACACUGUCAUGGCGACCUACCAAGAGUUCAUCCAACAGAACGAAGAUCGUGAUGGAGUACGCUGCAGUUGGAACCUCUGGCCUUCCAGCCGCCUGGAGGCCACACGGCUAGUGGUUCCUGUUUCCUGCCUCUACACUCCUCUCAAAGAGAGACCGGACCUGCCUCCGGUCCAGUACGAGCCGGUACUGUGCAGUCGGGCCAACUGCAAAGCCAUACUCAACCCACUCUGUCAAGUGGACUUCAAAGCUAAGAUAUGGGCCUGCAACUUCUGCUUCCAGAGGAAUUCUUUUCCUCCAUCAUACGGAGGCAUUUCAGAAGUGAAUCAGCCCGCAGAACUAAUGCCUCAGUUCUCCACCAUUGAGUACAUAGUGCAGCGUGGACCUCCAACCCCUCUUAUCUUCCUGUAUGUGGUGGACACAUGUCUGGAGGAGGAAGACCUCCAGGCCCUGAAAGAAUCCCUUCAGAUGUCUCUGAGUCUGUUGCCACCUAAUGCCCUGGUGGGUCUCAUCACCUUUGGCCGCAUGAUUCAGGUCCAUGAGCUCAGCUGCGAAGGUAUCUCUAAGAGCUACGUCUUCCGCGGCACAAAAGAGCUCACGCCCAAACAGAUACAGGAGAUGCUGGGACUGAUGAAGCCAGCCACUUCUGGACAGCAAGGCAAACCACUGGCCCCUCAUGACGCUGCUGCUUCCUGCAGAUUUCUGCAGCCUGUGCAAACAGUAGACAUGAACCUGACCGACAUUCUGGGGGAGUUGCAGAGAGACCCCUGGCCUGUUCCUCAGGGGAAGAGACCUCUCCGUUCCACGGGCAUCGCCCUUUCUAUUGCUAUUGGACUACUGGAGGGCACUUUCCCUAACACAGGGGCCCGUGUGAUGCUGUUCACCGGUGGCCCCCCAACACAGGGGCCCGGCAUGGUGGUGGGAGAUGAACUGAAGACCCCCAUCCGCUCCUGGCACGACAUCCAGAAAGACAACGCUCGCCAUCUGAAGAAGGCCACUAAGUAUUACGAGGCUCUGGCAAACCGUGCAGCAGUAAACGGACACAACGUCGACAUCUACGCCUGUGCGCUGGAUCAGACGGGACUGCUAGAGAUGAAAUGCCUGUCCAACCUCACAGGGGGCCACAUUGUCAUGGGUGAUUCCUUCAACACAUCUCUUUUCAAGCAGACCUUCCAAAGAGUCUUCAGCAAAGACUACAAUGGAGAGUUUCGCAUGGCUUUUGGUGGUACUUUGGAAGUGAAGACUUCAAGAGAGCUGAAGAUAUCUGGUGCGAUUGGGCCAUGUGUGUCUCUCAACGCCAAAGGACCCUGUGUUUCAGACAAUGAAAUGGGUGUUGGAGGAACAUGUCAGUGGAAGAUUUGUAGUCUCUCGCCUGCCACCACCUUGGCCCUGUACUUUGAAGUAGUAAAUCAGCACAACGCCCCAAUUCCUCAGGGUGGAAGAGGAGCUAUCCAAUUUGUUACGCAAUACCAGCAUUCGAACACACAGCGGCGGAUCCGCGUCACCACCAUUGCCAGGAAUUGGGCUGACGCACAGUCCCAGAUCCAGCAUAUCGAGUCGUCGUUUGAUCAGGAGGCCUCUGCCGUUCUCAUGGCCCGACUCGGCGUAUUCAGGGCGGAGUCAGAGGAAGGGCCUGACGUUCUCCGCUGGCUAGACAGGCAGCUCAUUCGCUUGUGUCAGAAGUUUGGCCAGUUCAAUAAAGAUGAUCCAAACUCCUUCAGACUGUCUGAAUCUCUCUCACUGUACCCACAGUUCAUGUUCCACUUGAGGAGAUCUCCAUUCCUGCAGGUGUUCAAUAACAGUCCGGAUGAGUCGUCCUACUACAGGCAUCAUUUUGUGCGUCAGGAUCUGACACAGUCGCUCAUAAUGAUACAGCCCAUCCUCUACUCUUACUCUUUCUACGGCCCUCCAGAGCCUGUUCUUCUGGACAGCAGCAGCAUCCUUCCUGAUCGCAUUCUGUUGAUGGAUACCUUCUUCCAGUUGGUGAUUUUCCAUGGAGAGACUAUCGCUCAGUGGAGAAAGGCUGGAUACCAGGAGAUGGCAGAGUAUGAGAACUUCAAGCAGCUCCUUCAGGCUCCUUUAGACGACGCUCAGGAGAUCUUGCAGACACGCUUCCCCAUGCCCAGAUACAUCGACACCGAGCACGGAGGUUCACAGGCCCGCUUCCUCCUCUCCAAAGUCAACCCCUCCCAGACCCACAACAAUCUCUACGCCUGGGGCCAGGAGUCCGGAGCACCAAUCCUCACAGACGACGUCAGUCUGCAAGUUUUUAUGGACCAUCUCAAGAAACUGGCUGUUUCAAGUUCAGCAUAAACUUUCUGCAGAAGAUCAGUGAAGGAUGUACAUUUAGAGUGUUGAAGAAAAUAACUUUUGACCUAAUCUUCUGGAAAAAAAACGUCCAUAUCCAACCUUGACACAACAAAAUGCAUCUUUAUGUUUGUUUAGGAGGUUCUCCGGAGAAACGGUUGUUAGAUGUUUUCUAAUUCUCAUCACAAGUAAUUAUGAUUUGACUGUCAUGUUUGUUUGUUUGCUUAUUUAAUUAAUUUAGUUUAGUUUGUGUCUAACAGAAAGUGUUACAUGUUAAACUUUAAAAACAUAACAUCUGAUUUCCCAAAGAGAGACUGUUUUCUGCCAUCAUGUUGCUUGUGUCGCUCUUUCCCAAGCAUGUUUAGACUGAAAUUCCUGUUAAUGCUUAUUUGCAAGAAUCCUCUUGUCUGUUUGUUCUUUUUUUUGUAUUGCACAGAACUACAGACUUCUCGCUCUCAUAAACUGUACCUGUGAUCUGCUCACUUGCGGGGAGAAACAGUAUUUUAUAGUCCUGUUCCUCCAGUCCUGUAAUUAAAUGAAUGUUGUAUGUAAAGAAUUUAAAUGUGACUUGUGACCUACAUUCCAGUUAUAUCUUGAUCUACAAUUAUGAACUAAUGCUAUGCAUAAUAUUUAUAGUGAAAAUAUCUUGUAGGUUUACUUCAUUUCAAAGGUAAAGCCGAAGUUGAGCACCUUGAAUGUGCAAACUCUGGUCUUGAUCUAAAAUAAAACAUUACAAAUCAACAUGA